CGUUGUUUGAUGUCGCUGGCUGACGGCUCGGAGUGCCAUAACGAGAUUCAGGAGAGACAAGCGAGUACGAGAACAGAAGAAAAAUAAAAAUCGAGAUUAAGAGCGGUGAAGUGGAGGAGGAGUGUCGCAGGUGCUUUUAUUCAAAGCGGCUUACAAAAGAAGUCAACGUGAUCAAGUCUGUUGGGACUGUUUGGGAACGAGUGUUACGGGACGAGGAUACAAAAUUGAUCAUCAAAAGUGAAGAACUCAGAAGCACAAGACAUAUAGAAAGGAGCCUCCUUCCCAGUUCACACGACCAUGCGGAGGGGUGUCUAAUGGCCUCCAGGCCACGGCUGUCCACUUGAGAAUAGAAUCUUAGCAGAGAAGAGAAUACACUUUUGGGGGAGGUGGAGAAGAGAUUUACACAGAGGAUGGCCUCAGCCAACAGUGAGAAACUGCCACCGGUUAAACAAGAGAACUGUGAAUGGGGCACACCAGAGAACACGUGUGUGAAGCUGGAGGACUGCGAAGAGCAAAUUUCCGUUUUCAAAGAGGAAGAAGAGUGCAAGGAGGAGUUGCUUGAAGUUAAAGUGGAGGAUCUGGAAGAUUUCUCUCUUCGUCCUGAACCGCAAAAUCUUGAAACUGGGAAUGUUUUCAAGCAAGAGAUUUCCGAAGACUCUCAUUCCAGUUUACAGCAUCGGGUAACUGGCACAGGACAACUGGGUACCCAGCAGAGUUCUCUGGAAGUAAAAUCGGAGUUUUCAGAGUCGGAGGAGAAAAUCAAAGAAGGAAACGGAAGAGAAGCAGAAGAGCAGCCGUCAUCUAAGAGUGCCGAAAUAAAUUUCCAGAGGAAUGGCAGCUUCGUCCCAUCUUCAUUUGCUCAGCCCUCUCUGCAGUGCAGACUUCAACACAAACAGGACAAGAAGAAGAUGAAGAAAUCAACAAGAGGAUCAGAGAAUUUGACCUCAGCCUCUCUAUUUUCCAGUUCUCUUCCUGCUGACAAGCCAACACAGAGUGAAGCCAACAACACUGAAGAGCAACAAGUGGAUGAUGAUUUAUCUGCCAGUCCGGAGUGUGGAAAAACUUUUAAAAACAAAUCUGACUGUAAAGAUAAGUCCAUUCCCCCAACUCCGACAUCAUAUGCCUGUUUAGAAUGUGGCAAACAAUUUCAACAUAGAAACAGUCUAUACAGACAUAAAAGAGUGCACAAUGAUGGAAAACCCACCUGCUGUCUAGAGUGUGGCAAACAAUUCCCCAAUAACAGUGCUCUUCUGCGGCACACACGAUUUCAUACUGGAGAGAAGCCAUACAUCUGUGCCCAGUGUGGUAAAGGAUUCUCAUUUUUAAGUAAGCUUCAUAUCCACAUGAGAGUUCACAGUGGAGAAAAGCCCUAUCGUUGCAGUGAAUGUGGCAAAGGAUUCACACAAAAAAGCGGCCUACGGAGUCACAUCAGAAGCCACACUGGAGAGAAACCUCACUCUUGUUUGGAAUGUGGCAAACGUUUCUGUGAUGGUAGUGCACUUCAGAGGCACAAACGAAUUCACACUGGAGAAAAGCCCUAUGUGUGUUCUGAAUGUGGGAAACGAUUCACUGACAGUAGCAAUCUUCAGAAGCAUACAAGCAUUCACACCACAGUAAAACCGUAUUGCUGUUCUGAAUGUGGUAAAAAAUUCACCGAUAGUGAUGAUCUUCAAAGCCAUGCAAGAGUUCACAACAGAGAAAAAAAAACAUAUUGCUGUUUAAAUUGUGGCAAACAAUGUGCUAAUCCUAGCAGUCUCCAGAGACACAUGCGAGUUCAUACUGGAGAAAGGCCAUAUUCCUGUUCUAAAUGUGGGAAAGCAUUCAGGGAUAUCAGUGCUCAUCGGCAACACACACAAAUUCAUACAGGAGAGAAACCAUAUUGCUGUUCUGAAUGUGGCAAACGAUUCUCAGCCAGCAGUUCUCUUCGACAGCAUGCACGAAGCCAUACUGGAGAGAAGCCGUUUUGCUGUCCUGAAUGUGGUAAACGAUUUUCACACAGAAGAAGCCUCAAUUACCACUCAGACAUUCACACUAGAGAGAAAAGAAUCAAAUCUAAGCUAGCCAUGAAAAAACAAAAGCUGAUACUGUGCCGGGGCACUGAGGUUAACAAGCCUGAUGAAAAGCAACUUCCAGGAUUUCUGGUCUCCCUGCCAAUUACCAUCACUCUCUGCAAGCUACAAGAAGACGCAUCAUUGGGAACAAUUCAGGUAUUACAACAAGGCCUCGCUGACAAUGUGCAGAAAUAACACUUAUGAUGGUGCAACAGAAAUGUUACUGUCUGAAGUGUGACUGUUAGGCCACAAAACCCAUUAGGAGAAAUUCACCCUGAGGGAAUUCUCAUUGGUGUUAAGAAUGUGGGGAAGCGAUUCUUAUAAAAAGGUACACUUCAACAACACAUCAACGUUCAUACUAACUGUAACCUGGCUUCAGAAAAGCUCUUGUGGGUUUUCUCCAUAGUUCACCAACUACUUGAUGGACAGAUAUCGUUAGGCUGUAUUUAUGUUUUGAACUGUCUUGUUUUCCUCUCCGUUUAAACAAAUAUUAUGUGUACUUAUUAUGUAAUUAGUAAAGUUUUCAUUUCCAUUAUACCUGUGAACUUGUCACAGCACCCUACAUCUGCACUCAGGGAAGAGCUGGAGACAAAAAUUAAGUGAACUGCCCUGAAAACCUUCUUGUCAUCUCUAAUGAAGUAACGAGAGCCGAGACCAUCAUAGCCGUAAAAGAAUUCCCAGUGGCGAGAGACCUGCAAACAACACACACGCUGGACAGAUAAAUGAACAUCAGAAGGUGCAAGCAUAGACUUUCCAAAUGUGGAAUUAAACCCUCAAAAUUCAACCAAUGGUGCUGAAAUCAAGAGGACUUCUAAAAUCUUUCAAGCCCAUCUAGACAGGGUGGGACUCGCCAUAUAAAAAACCACCUGAUUGGCGCCCCUGGUGCAGCGGGUGACACCUCAGCACCACACUGGAACAGUAGGAGGUUUUUUUAGUGUGGCUGGAGUGCCAGUCCUGCCACCAACCCCCACAAAAGUUGGACCAGCUCGCAGGGCUGGAUGCAGGUUAACGUCAUGCCCAGGACAAAACAAUUGCAGGUGAAGGGUCUUGCUCGAUGGCCCAACGGGGGAGUAGAGUAAUUUCUGCCAUUUACGGGAUUCAAAUUGGCAACUUUCUGAUUGCCAGCGCAGAUCAACUAACCUCAGAGCCUCCACUCCUCCCACAAGCCCAUCUCCAUGUCCCGCAAGUUACCGUCACCUCCUAUGAAUUACAAAAGGAGACGUACAGGGAAUAAAGAAGGUUCUGGGCCAUGUCCUCAGGGCAAGUGUAAAGAGAACAGCAAUACCUGAUGUAAUCCUAAUUCUUGUCUGGACUGCACGACUUUGUAUGGAAAUCCACCCUGAAAGGAAUUUCCAUGGCAUGGCAAAUAAUGAGAAGCCAAUAGAGACACACGAGAAUCCAUACUGGAGAAAAAAACGCAUUGCUGUUCUGAAUGUGACAAAUGAUUUUCUGUCAGUAAUGGUUUCUUAAAACAUUCAAGAGUUCAAACGCUGCAUUGCUGUUCUAAAUGCCGUAAGAGUUUUUCACAGAUCAGCAAAGUUCCAAAAGAAUUCAAAGUACCAAACAGACCAGCUGAAAUUCUAUAAUAAUUUACCGUCAACCAAAAAUAACCUCAUUGCAGCUGUCAAAACAUCUCACAUCUUGCAUAAAGGAUCUGGAGGAGCUGAGACCCUUAAAGGAUUCUGGAAUUCAGAUGUCUAUCCGAGGAUUGAAUACCCAGAAUGAAGUCCGGCCACCCAGUUAAGAGCAGGAAGAUGAAGUACAGUUGACUUUUCUGUCAAGAUGAUAAUCCAAAGCACACAAGUUUCCACAAAUAGAGGUGAAGAAAACAAGGUUAGAAUGUUGGAUAAACCAACCUGCCCCCCAUUGAGAUGUUGGAACAGAACCUGAAUGGAGUGUUUCAUGCUUUAAAAA